UGCAGGAAAUGCUGUCCUUCUCUGAUGUGGCCAUCGAGUUCUCUCCGGAAGAGAGGGAAUGUCUGGAGCCUGCUCAGUGGAAUCUGUACAGGGAUGUGAUGCUGGAGAAUUACAGCCACCUGGAUUUCCUGGGAAAGCAUCAAAUGCCCUAUGUCUUUAGUCCGUUACGCUACAUCAUUUGUACUAUGGACUAAUCUAAGAGCCUCAGGUGUGCCAGAGGCAUCACGUGACCACAGUCCUGCGAAGGCUGCAGUGUCCCUUCAGGAAACAAGUGUACAAAUCACAGAAACAAUUGCUGUAUUCCACAAAGAUCCCUUACUGUUCUCCGCAUUGAUUCUCCAUGAUCAAAGUCUUGUCCUCUCUAAGCCACACCUGGUGACAUUUCUGGAGCAAACACAAGGACCUGGGGAUGGGAAGAUACAAGCAACAGCCACCGUGCACCCAGGAACAACAUCCAAUGUUGAUUAUAACUCACUACAUAGUCAAUGCCAGAGACUUCAUACAAGGGAGAAACCCUACAAGUGUGAAGAAUGUGGUAAGGCCCUUGGUUCUUAUAAAACACUUUCAAUACAUCAGAGACUUCAUACUGGAGGAAAACCCUACACGUGUAAAGAAUGUCACAAGGCCUUCAAUACUCACUCAUCACUUUUUAUACACCAGAAAGAUCAUACUGAUGAAAAAACCUACAAGUGUGGAGACUGUGGCAGAUCAUUCUACUAUCUUUCAAUGCUGAAACAACAUCAAAGGAUUCAUUCUGGGGAGAAACCCUACAAGUGUGAAGAAUGUGGCAAAUCCUUUUGCUAUCCCUCAUUCCUUAAGCAACAUCAAAGAACUCAUUGUGGAGAAAAUCCCUACAAAUGUGAAGAUUGUGGAAGAAGUUUUUCUUGUUCUCUACGACUUCAGGUGCAUCAAAUAAUUCAUUCUGGAGAAAAAACAUACAAGUGUGAAGAAUGUCAAAAAGCCUUUCGUUAUCACUCAUCCUAUUGGAGACACAUGAAAGUUCAUAUUACAGAGAAGUCAUACCAGUGUGAACUGAAUGGAAAAGGAUUUACUAAGCCUGCCUUUCUCUUUGGGAACAAGGCAGCUCAUACUGCAAAGAAAGCCUACAAGUGUGAAGAGUGUGGCAAGUAUUUUUGUUCAUCUUCAUCCCUUAGACGACAUCAAACAAUCCAUUCUGAAGACAAUCCCUACAAGUGUGCAGAGUGUGGCAAAAGGUUUUCCUACUUUGCACACCUUCAAGAACAUCAGACAGUUCAUACUGGAGAGAAACCAUACAAGUGUGAGGAGUGUGGCAAAUGUUUUUCCUCAUCUUCAUCCCUUAGACGACAUCAAACAAUCCAUUCUGAAGACAGUCCCUAUAAGUGUGUAGAAUGUGGCAAAUGGUUUUCCUGUUCCAGGAGUCUUCGGGAACAUCAUGCAAUUCAUACUGGAGAGAAACCAUACAAGUGUGAAGAAUGUCACAAAACCUUUCGUAAAUACUCAACCUUUUGGAAACACAAGAGAGUUCAUACUGCAGAGAAAUCCUACGAGUGUAAAAAGUGUGGGAGCUGUUUUUUCUCAUCUUCAACCCUCAGACGGCAUCAGGCAGUUCACUCGGAAGACUAUCCCUACAAGUGUGAAGAGUGUGGCAGCUGUUUUUACUCAUCCUUGUUCUUCAGACGCCAUCAAAUAAUCCAUUCCGAAGACAGUCCUUAUAAAUGCGGAGAAUGUGGAAAACGCUUUUCCUGUUCCAGGAGUCUUCGGGGACAUCAAGCAAUUCACACUGGAGAGAAACCUUACAAGUGUGAACAGUGUCAUGAAGCCUUCCGUAAUAGCUCAUCCCUUUGGAGACACAAGAAGGUUCAUACUGCAGAGAAAUCAUAGCAUUGUGAAGAGUGUGGCAAAUGUUUUUCUUCCUUUUCAUGCCUUAGAUGACAUCAAACACUCCAUUCUGAAGAUAACCCCUCCAAGUGCGCUGAGAGUGGAAAUGCUUUUCUCCUUUGCACACCUUCAAGAACCUCAGACAGCACACUGGAGAGAAGCCAUCGAGGGUGAAGAGCUGGUAAAUGAUUUUACUCAUCUUCAUCCCUUAUGCAAGAGAGAGAGAGAGAAACACACACACACACACACACACACAGAGAGAGAGAGAGAGAGAGAGAGAGAGAGAGAGAGAGAGAGAGAGAGAGAGAGAAUUCAUUCUGAGCACAGUCUCUAAAAGUAUGGGGAAUGUGGCAAAGACUGUUAAUCUUUAUAAGCUUAUUGGACACAUGAUAGUUCAUACUGGAGAGAAAUCCUACAAAUGUCUUAAAAGUUUACCCUUCUUCAGCCCAUAAAACCCAUAAAAUGAAUCAUUCUGACUAGAAAUUCUGUGAGUGCCGGGAGAAACAAGGGUGGAAAGAGGAGUCAUGAGGAGAGGCCAGCCAGCCAGCAAGGAAGCAGGAUGUGUAGAAAAUGAGAUAAUAAGCCAUGAGCCACAUGACAAAGCAUAGAUAAGGAAUAUGGGUUGAUUUAAAAGUAAGAGUUCUGGGAGACUAUCUCCUAAUUCCCAGCGGGUCUGAUGACCUGGAACGGGUGUGUGAAGUCAGCUCAGUGACAAAACUCUGACCUUCUGUUUCAAACAAUUGGCCCAGAUAGUCUGAGCCAUUUUUAUUUUUACAGUUUCAAUAGUUUGCCUAAACAUUUUUCAAUCUUAUUUAUUCUCUUAGGUUUCUAAUAAUAAUUACAAUACCUGCCAACUUUUUCCCUCACCUCAUUCCCUUUCUGGCCCCAACCUUCCUACUGCUAAUCAUUACCUAUUUGAUUCAUAGCUUUAAUAUCAGAAGCACAAGCGAUCUAGCAAACAACAGAGGAAGUUUCCUAACUAGGCACACCUAAUGGUAGAACAGUGUGUUUAGCUGGCUGCAUUUGUGGUUACAAAAAGAGAAUUUUGCCCCUAGCGGUUAUGUUUCGCUCUGGUCAAAUCUAUACUCAUCAUAAUCAACUCAUCAGCCGAGGCUGGACCAAUUCGUUCUUCAUUCUGUACUCUAAUAUCUCCUGUAGGGAAUAUACCAGGAGUUUUCCUAUCAUCUUGUAAGCUACAUAACUAAAAAGCUUACUCUUUAUAGCCGGCACCGCUCAUCUCUUAUUCUUAUGUGUUUCUCCUCCCAACUUUCUACAGUAUUGGCACAGCUAUCAAAGAUGAGGGCAUUGUGGGUUUCUGUGAUUCUGCCUCAUUCCCGUUCCUAGACUGUUCCGUUAACCCUUGAUAUCAUCUAUUUAUUAACAUUUCUCUAAGAUUCUUGUGGUUAAAAUCAUUCUAUCUACAACAGUUUUGCAAAUUUGUAAUAUUGUCCUGAACUCCUGUGAUGCUUUCAGGAUAGUCACAAGGUGCAUUUAACAUCCUGUUCUUAAGAAGCCUGAAUUCAUGUUCACACCUGAAACAUCAAAGAUGUUAGGGGCUAACUCAAAUAUGCACUCUAUUUUUAACAACAUCCCUUCUGGUUCACCAGGAGGAGAGUCUUCAGGGGGAAGGUUUUCCUUUUGUAAAUAGCUGUUUCAUCCAUAGCUCUAAGAAAGUGAAGUUCAAAUUAACCAGCAAUAAUUUGUAUGAGGGAAGCAAAGAAGAGUGCUCCUGGGGUCAUGCCCAGAAUUAUGCAGCACACUAGCCAUGGGCCUUGCCAAAAAUGGGUCAUAUUCUCGAGUGCCUUGCAACAAGGAGAGUUUGUUCAGGCUGUUCUCAGGAACCACCAAGAAAUCCACAUGGCUCCCAGCAUCUUUUUUGUUUUUAAAUUGAAGUUCAUGAACAUCACGAAGGACUAUGAGACCGGCAAGUCUUAAUUUAUGUAGAGGACUGGAAAGAGAAUGAUUAAAAUAAAAAAUAAACCAAGAGCAACAACCAAAUUAAUGAUAAAUGUCCAAAAAUGUUUUAUAGUUAAAAAGAGGUAAUUGAAUUUAAAAAAAAAUUAUUUCCCAAAUCAAAAAUUACUUGAAAACAGGAGAGAAAAUCUCUAGCCUAUUGUGCCUAUUUUAAUGUUUCCUUGAAUCCCAUAUCAACAGAAGAUAGGGAAGAUUUAUACAUUACUUGAGAAAAUACUUCCUUAGUCCUCAAGGGAGCUGAAGGUGCUGGGGCAGUUCUAAAAAUAUUAGCAGUAGUUGGACUCACCAAGAUAAGAUACAUAAUGGAGUAUUUUCUCUGAAUUUGUCAAAUGCUAAUGGAUUCACAUUGUUAAUGUGAUUACUGCCUAUAUAUAUUUUUUGUGUAUAGUUAUUGUACUUAUUGUAUAUAGUUUUUCUAUGCUAAAUAAAACCUUUGCUUUUUGUUUAGACAAAAAUGGAAAAAUGUUCUAUAUAUUGUUUUUGUCCUGACAAGUAAAGCUCACCUUGAGAUCAGAGGGUUGAGCUAGCCACUAUUUAACUACAGAGGCCAGGCAGUGGUACUUACACCUUUGAUCCCAUCACUUAGGAUCUUAUGUCUUUGAUCCUAGCACAUGGGAGAUUCAUGCCUUUGAUCUCAGCACUUGAGAGGCACAUGCCUUUAAUCCCAACACUAGGGAGGUGGUGACAGGAAUAUAAGGCCUGUGGUGGUGUGGGAAGUCUUUCUAUAUAUGUGUUGCUUUUUUAGGUAAUGAAUAAAGAAGGUGCUUUGGCCCAUGAUAGGGCAGAAUAGAGCUAGGUGGGAAAACUAAACAGAAUGCUGGGAGAAAGUUGGAUGAGUCAUUGAGAUGCUGUUUAGCCACCAAAGGAGAAAGACAUGAGCCGGCAGCCAGAAUCUUGCUGGUAGGCCACAAGCCUCAUAGUAAAAUAGAAAAUAAUAGAAAUGGGUUAAUUUAAAAUAUAAGAGCUUGCUAGGAAUACUCUAGAGUCAUUGGCCAAGCAGUGUUGUAAUUAAUAGGGUUUGUGUUUGAAUAUUUCAGGUCAGGGUGGCUGGGAAUGAAUGAGCAACCUCUGACUACACAGUGGAGACGGGAUCUUAGGCCCAUUCAUUGUGAGGUUUCACAGAGACAGGACCAUCCCCCCCUAUUUUCAGUCUUAGGGUUUGGUGAGACAGGAUUCCCCCAUUCAGUGCGAGGAUUCGUAGAGACAGGAUCACCCCGUUUCGGUCUGGGGAUUCAGAGAGGUAAGAAGUGUGGCCGCUCUUUUGCCUCUCUGAUCUUUCAGCUUUUGCCCUGAUAUCUGACUCCAGGUUUUUCUUGAUAGGAUCACGUUUCACACUAUGACAAGUUUGGGGAGAAAAGGCUUUAAUUGGCAGAGGUUCCCACAACGCUUUUCAUCAUCAAAGGGAGUCAGGACAGGAGUCCAAGCUGGGUAGGAACUUGUAGGCCAGAACUG